AUGUACCUACUGCAGUCUAACUAUUUCUAUACGCAAGCUUCUCUCUAUGCGCUUCAAGUAACAGUAAAUAGAAUCACUAGACGCCUUAAGAUCGCGCGCAACAAUCUUUUCCACUCACACUGGCCAGUGCGCGAUGCGGUCAUCACACCAUUUAGGAUAGUGGAGGCAGUGCAUGUACCGGGAUACUGGACGUGGUUGUGGAAAUGCAAAUAG